GUCUCCCCUCGUGAGCCGCUCGUUCGUCUUUGGCCGCAGCUUCCGCUUCCUCCUUCGUGUACAGCAGCGAUCAUGAUGCGCAAGGUGACCUUCGAGCUAGGCCGCUGCGUCCGCGAGACCGGCCAGGCGCUGGACCGUCUCGGCCUGCGCGUUCUUAACGACAAUUCUUUCAAGGAAAAGUUCUCGCGCCACCGCCAGGUGAUGGCACUGUACGAUAAGCGCCCUAGAAUCGCACACGAUGUGUGGGUUGCGCCCAACGCGACGGUUGUGGGCGACGUGGAGAUCUGCAACGACGCCUCGGUCUUCUACAACGUGGUCAUUCGCGGAGACCUCAACCAGGUGCGCAUCGGCAACCGCACCAAUGUACAGGACCGCACAGUUAUCCACACGGCCAGCUCCACCAGCCCCGGUCUGGCUCCUGGCGCUAACAUUGGCAACGACGUGACUAUUGGCCACGGCUGCACCCUGUACUCGUGCACGGUCGAGAACAACUCUCUUAUUGGCAUGGGCUCCAUCAUCCUGGACGGCGCUCUGGUCGAGUCCAACACCAUCAUUGCGGCCGGAAGCGUAGUGCCUCCUGGACGUCGCAUCCCGUCCGGACAACUCUGGGCCGGCAACCCGGCCAAGUACGUACGCGACCUCUCGGACGACGAGGUGGCCGACAUCGCCAAGCAGGCCAGCGAGUACAAGAGCAUUGCCAGCACCCACAGCGACGAGUUCUUGCCAUACGGAACGGCCUACCUGGACGCUGAGAAGAUCAAGGCCGCUGGCGGCCAUCUGUAGAGUGUAUCAGUCGUCUACGUGCGCUGUCUUUCCUUCUUCCUAGUGAGAGGGAGAGCUCGCUGUAUGCAUUGGAGAAAUGGCCAUGCACAACGUCGGCUGUCUCGAUACUUUUUUUAAGCGAAGCAGGAAUCCCGGACUCCGUUUACAAAGCAAAAUACAAGUCACACACAAUAGUACUGAGGCAAUGGA